UAAACGCUGCUCCCUCCCAAACUGAAAAGCCUGUGGCCCUGGGCGCUUUAUAGUUGGUGCGAGUCCUUUUUCUGGGCAACAGGCGGCUGGCAGGCUGGGCAGGGUAGGGCAAGGCGAGGCACUCCUGCCUGGUUGGGGAGAGACGGGGCGGGGCUCCUGGCUUGUUGUUCGUCACUUGGUGUAAAGCCCGAGCAAAUCUCUGGAGAGAACAAGGAGCCCAUUCAGAGCGGCCGCAAGAGGAGCGGCGCCGAUCCGUGGCCAGCAGGGCGAGGGGCGCCCCCUGAGACUGGCUUUCCUGGGGAUUCCGGCGGGCGGAGCAGCAACGGCGGCGGCGGCAGGAUCGGCGGGCACCGGCUCUUCGGGAGGGAAAAUGCUUUCGCUUUUCUACCUGUGCCUCUGGGCUGGAAUCGCCCGUGCCUUCAACCUGGACACUGACAACGUCGUCAAAUGGGGCGGCGAGCCCGGCAGCCUUUUCGGAUUCUCCCUCGCCAUGCAUCAGCAGCUGAACCCCAACAAGAGGCUCUUGCUGGUUGGUGCACCUCGGCAAAAGGCUUUCCCAUUGCAACAAGCUAACAGAACCGGAGGUUUGUUCAGCUGCAACAUCGAAACUCCAGAACUUCCCUGCAAACGUAUCAAAUUUGAUGAGACAGCUGACCCGAAAAAAGAAAGCAAAGAAGAUCAAUGGAUGGGUGUAACUGUGCAAAGUCAGGGGCCAGGUGGAAAAAUUGUGACCUGUGCACACCGCUAUGAGAAAAGGUACUAUGUCAACACGGAACAGGAAACCCGAGACAUCAUUGGGAGAUGCUACGUGCUGAGUCAGGAUCUUUCCAUUUCCGCCGAUGAGUAUAUGGAUGGUGGGGAAUGGAGUUUCUGUGACGGCCGAUUGAGGGGCCAUGAGAAAUUUGGCUCCUGCCAGCAAGGUGUUGCAGCCACAUUUACCAGAGAUAAUCAUUACAUUGUAUUUGGUGCACCAGGGACCUAUAACUGGAAAGGCGUGGUGCGUGCAGAGCAAAAGAAUCACACCCUUGAUGAAAUGGGCAUCUUUGAUGAUGGGCCUUAUGAAGUUGGGGGUGAAAGCCUGCGAAAGGAGUCCCUGGUUCCGGUUCCUGCUAACAGUUAUUUAGGGUUUUCUCUGGACUCUGGAAAAGGGAUCAUCUCUCAGGAGGAGGUCACUUUUGUUUCUGGUGCCCCGAGAGCCAACCAUAGUGGAGCUGUGGUCCUUCUGAAAAAAGACAGUGACAUCCAGCGGACCUUGUCCUCAGUACACAUAUUUGAAGGCGAGGGGCUGGCCUCUUCCUUCGGCUAUGAUGUGGCCGUAGUGGACCUCAACCACGAUGGUUGGCAAGAUAUUGUGGUUGGAGCUCCACAGUAUUUUGACAGAGAUGGAGAAAUUGGUGGUGCUGUCUAUGUGUAUAUUAAUCAGGAAGGCAAAUGGGACAAAGUACACCCAAUCCGGCUCAAUGGAUCUAAAGACUCCAUGUUUGGGAUUGCAGUUGAAAACAUUGGUGAUGUUAAUAAAGACGGCUUUUCAGAUAUUGCUGUGGGGGCUCCUUAUGAUGGAGAGUUUGGCAGGGUGUAUCUCUAUCAUGGCUCCAGGAAUGGAAUAAACACAAAACCAGCACAGAUUCUUGAUGGCGCGACAAAUAAUGUCAUAUUCUUUGGGUACUCUAUCACUGGAAAUAUGGAUCUUGAUGGAAACGCUUACCCUGACAUUGCUGUUGGAUCUCUUUCAGAUACUGUUUCAGUUUACAGAUCAAGGCCUGUGAUAAGCAUUAAGAAAUCCAUUAUGAUCUCUCCAGAGAAAAUUGAUCUGAAUGUGAGGAACUGUGAAGUGUCCAGUAACCUUUGCCUGAACAUUAGAUCAUGUUUUGAAUAUACAGCCAGCGAGAGUAGCUUCAAUCAAAAAAUAACUUUGGACUAUACGUUUGAUGUAGAACAUGAGAGGAGGCGAUUAGGCUUGCCAGCAAGAGUGCAUUUUUCUAACCCUCGCUCUGUUUCAUUAAACGGAACUGUAACUCUCGAAAUACAGCAGAUGGAAAAGUGUGUGACUAAGAGGCUCGAAUUAGAGGAAAAAAUCAAAGAUAAAUUACGUCCAAUUCCUGUAUCUCUUAGCAUUGCAAUUCAUACCCCUGAGACCACUGAAAAACCCAGAAGACAAGGAAGGUCACUGCCAGAUCUUACUCCAAUUCUGAAUGCUAGUGAGCCCAACACAGUGCAUUCAGAAGUGCAGUUUCUGAAAGAAGGCUGUGGAUCAGACAACAUAUGCCACAGCAAUCUGAAGAUGCAUUACAAAUUUUGCACCAAAGAGGGAAACGACGAAAGAUAUGCCUAUUUCCCCAUGGAAAACAAUGUUCCAGUGCUUGUUCUCAAAGACCAGAAAGAUAUCGCCCUUGAAAUCACAGUGACCAACAGUCCUUCCAAUGCCAUGCACCCACUGAAAGAUGGCGAAGACGCUCAUGAAGCGAGACUUGUAGCAACCUUUCCCGACAGCUUGACUUAUUCUUCUCUCAGAAUAAAUCAAGCUUAUUUGGAAAAACCCAUUGCCUGUCGUCCUAAUUCAAAUGGCUCUCAAGUGGACUGUGAACUUGGAAAUCCUUUCAAAAGAAAUUCUACCGUUACCUUUUAUGUAAUUUUAAGUACAACCAAGGUUAAUGUCGAUACGAAGGAGCUGGAUAUCAAUCUGAAAUUGGAAACGACAAGCAAUCAGACUAAUUUGGAACCAAUUACUGCAAAAGCUAAAGUUGUUAUUGAACUUCUUUUAUCACUUACAGGGGUUGCUAAACCUUCCCAGGUGUAUUUUGGUGGUAAUAUCAACGGGGAAAGUGCAAUGAAAUCUGAAGAUGAGAUCGGUAGUUUAAUUGAAUAUGAAUUCAGGAUCACGAACUUAGGUAAACCACUGAAAACACUUGGUACAGCUUUCUUGGAAAUUAUGUGGCCGAAAGAACUGAGAGGAGGCAAGUGGUUGCUCUAUUUGGUUUCCAUUCAUUCGAAGGAAUUAGGAGAAUUACAGUGUACUCCUCAAAAUGAAAUAAACCUUUUGAAUGUUCAGCGGUCUCGAAAUUCUCGGAUAAAACGUGAAGUUGCAGAGAAGCAGAUAGAUGGUAGCAAAAGCUUUUCUUUGUUUUCAGAAAGAAAAUAUAAGACAUUGGAAUGCAACGAAGAGGCAAACUGCGUCAACAUAACAUGUUCCUUGCAAGGCUUAGACAGUAAAGCCAUAGUAGUACUACGCUCAAGGUUGUGGAACAGCACUUUCCUAGAGGAAUUCUAUAAAAUGAAUUAUCUAGACAUUCCUGUUAGAGCUAGAAUUGGCCUCUCUGCUGCGGAUAACGUCAAGCUGACAAAUGAAGCUACGAAUGUUCGAGUUACCGUCUUUCCUGCAAAAACAGUAGCUUUAUAUCAUGGAGUUCCUUGGUGGAUCAUCUUGGUUGCUAUUCUCACUGGGUUAUUAAUGCUUGCUUUGUUGGUGUUCUUAUUGUGGAAGUGCGGGUUCUUCCAGCGUUCCAGGUACGAUGACAGCAUCCCCCGCUACCAUGCUGUAAGAAUUCGUAAGGAGGAAAGACAGAUUAAAGAUGGAAAAGCUAAAGAGAACCAUGCAAAAAAACAGUGGAUCACAAAAUGGAAUGGAAAUGAGAGUUUUUCCUAGGGAUCCCAGCUGAACUUAAAAAGAUUGAAUGGAUUUUAAGAUGUCUUUGAGCAACAUGAUGGAUGCAAGUGAAAACCUGUUUGUUUUAUAAAUGUUAUUUUCAUAUCAAAGUUGUUUGGUGUUACAGAUCUAAAUUUUAAGACACCCUAAACCAUCUUCUAUGCAUUAACUAAUCUCUAGUCUUUUGGGGGAAAAAAUGCAGUUAAAAUCCAAAUUAUCAACAUGGAAAGGGAUAGAUUUACUCUCUUUUUUUUUGGGUGAAAUGGAGCUAUAUGAAUUUUUCCCAGUUGGUUUUUUUUUUUUUGGCUGCUUCCAGCUUAAUCUUGAGAGCACUUGGCUGCUUUUCAGGAAAAAAAAAUAACACAUUGAAACUGGUUGUCUGGGCAAGGACAUCUGACCACGGUCUAAAAGAGAAGGGAAGCGCCCUGAGAUGUGUGGUUUGUUGGAAUGCUCUUGGCAAAAUUUGACUGAACUACAAUUACUUGUUAUUUCGAGUCUGAAUUACGUGUUAGGUCAAGCUUUAACAUUGUUCCUCUGAUCCCACCUUUCCUGCAUUGCUGAAACUUCUCUCACCAAAUGUUAGAUAGCAAGAUAAUUUUCCCAACAACGAAUAGACAUGUAUUUCAGUAUAUUUGCCUAUACUAUUUAAAUAUCAGAAGAGAAUAGUAAGUAUUUUGUCAGGCAAAUUCUAUGGAACUGCAAAUGAGAUAGAAAGUAACGUAACCUAUCAUUCUUUCUCAUUUGUGGAUAGUUACUUGACUUUGAUUUUCUUUUUGUGGCAGAAUGCUUAAAUUAAAAUUGGGGGUUUCAAACUUGUCUGCCCAUCAAGAUACUAAGAUUUUUUCCUAUCUCCAAGCCCAGAAUAUGUUUAUUUUAAUCCCACUAAUUUCAUGGCUGACUGAUUAUUCAGGAGAGAUAUGGACAUAUGGACAGAAGUUAAUAAUUUACAUUAAUAGGACUAAACCAUGACAUUAAGAACUGGUUCUAACAUCAGGAAGAUUAGCUUGUACUAUGUAACUCUGUUCAGUUUUAGGAACUGCAGUGUUUGGGUUUUUUUGCUUUUAAGGGGUAAAUUGCUGGAAAAAGUGCGUAUUAAGGGAAGCAAACAUUUGCUGAUAUUUGUAACUUUGGAGUGGGUUUUUUGACAGUAGAUAUCUAUUAGUGAAUGAUUUUGGAUCUUCUAGACUUAAUUGCAUUUUGAUCCUGUUUGAAACAAUGAGAGCUAACUGCAACAAAUUUCAUGUGGAUCCAACUCUUUAUAUUCACAAAUUGAUGCAAUGUUGUAUGGCUGAAUUUCUAAAGGAAAGUGCAGUUAUCUUGUAACCAUGUUCCCGCAAAAGCCUUCUUGUCUAGAAAUAGUAAUUUAUGUUUCUGAGUAGGGAGACCUUGGCAUUCUGCAUCUGUUUCAAAGGCACUAUUUACUCUGAUUAUGUACUAAUAGUGUGUGCAGAAAAUCCCACCAUUGUACACAGUGAUAUGGACAUGUGUUUUUCAGGUAAAUUUAAAUCUGCUAAUUCCACAUUCUAAGACUAGGUGUGUGAGCACCAGGCUUAAAACAAUCUUUAAUGUGCAAUAGGUCAUAUUUUAAAAAUUAGCAUUGCUGAAUGUUGCUUACACCAAAUAUAUACAGAUUUUCCGAUGAUGAGGUAUGUCUGGGUUAAUAGAUUAUGGUCUAAUUCAUUUUGUCAGCAAUUGUGUACUAGAGAGCAGGCAACUUUCACCUCUGAAGACAGCAGCCACAAUUGCUGGCAAAAUAUCAGGAUCCUAAAGAAUUAGACCACAUUCUGUUAGCCCCACAGCUCUUCACCACUGGAUUAACGUUGCCUAUGAAAGCCUGCAUUGAUAUAUACAUAGGUUUUGUCUUUUUUAAAGCUUGAAUAUUGGUUGUACUUUUUGUAUAUACUGUAAGUCAUUCUUAUAUAUUUAUUUUUACCAUAAAUCUUUGUCUUUAACUAAUGGUUAAGCCAAAGAUUUUUGAUUAGUCAGCAAUAGCAUAUCAAGUUCAGUGAAUAAAAGUGAACUUUUCCCCACCAAAUGUGCCAAUAACUUUUUAAAUUCCAAUGACUAGAAUAUUCUCAGAAACCUCUUCUUUAUGUAUUUCUAAAUUAUGUACUAGAGAUGUAUCUUCUAAGUAAUUUGUGCGCUAACGCAUACUUACAGAUAUUUAUAGAAGUUUUAUAUGACUAACUUAAUUGAAAAUAUAGCAAGUGCUUAUUGGAGUGGGGAGGGGCAAAUAUUUUCUUUGUUCUGUGUUUGGAACAAGGUUAAAUAGUACAGAAGUGAUAGCACUUGAACCAAAAUAUAAAUUCGCUAAAUUAACUAUGGUAUUUUAAUGGACGGGUUAAGGACUACUGAAUAAUUUCUACAUUUCUAAAAUUUAAGAAUAGUUCCAUAUAAACUGCCAUUUGAAACUUGUAAUAAAUGUAAUUACGGUCUUAUCAUAUCAAAAUGUUGGUACUGAUUAAGUAUUACACAUAUGCUAGCAUUUACAGUAUAUGAAAUUCCAAUGGCCCAUCAGAAAGUAGAUUUUGGAACUGUGCAAUGCAGGGCUUUGCAAUUUAAUUCCAAGUAGAAUGUUCAGAUCACAUGGGACUGAACACUGCACCGUAGCUCUAUAAAAGUAGCCGUAUCUUUUCUGGUGAGCGUUAGAUGGAUGCUGCAUUUGUGGUCUUGUGCCCUGAAGUGCUUUCUUGGAAUCAAAUGCAAAACAUAGCACAGCGCUAACAGAUCUAAUUUAACAACAGAUAUAAACUAUGCAAACCUGUAAGUAUUUACCUUAAAAAAAACAACA